CUCCCCCAACGAGUAUCAGUACGAGCAGCCAGAGCGACGGCAGCAGCACGAGCAGCAGCCUCGACGGCCACGGAGGCUACGCGUCACACGACAGCAGCGCAACCACUGCGCGCGCCAGCGACUGCUCGCUGCAUUGCCCAGCGCCCGUCGAAGGUUCCAUCCUUGCACUGCGCUCGCGUGCCACAGGCACGCACGCGGGCACGAUGUCCAGCAGCAGCUCCCAGCAGAGCCAAAGUGAGGGUGAGGGCCAGGGCGCACGCAGCGCUCCCCCUUCGACCGCCGUGCUCGAUGGCGUGCAUGACGCCGCCGCCGGUGACUCAGCCCUCGACCUCGUGGACGCGUCCGGCGGGCCGCUCGUUGCGUCUGCCGCACUGCAUAGCAUUGCGGAGCAGCGGCAGCACGACGACGACAGUGAUAACGAUAACGACAGCGACGCAAGCGACAGUGACAGCGACGACAACGUGCCUCUCCACCGCCGCACCGCGCUUGAUCACGACGAGGCGUCCAUCAGCGGGGACGAGAGCAGUGUGGAUGAGGAUGAAGAUGACGAGUUCGCAGGUGCCUUCCACGACGCAGCCAAUGUGAAAGUCAUGACAGGCUAUGACGCCUUUGAUGGCGUUGUUGACUCUGAAUUUUCCUCAGCCGCCGCUAUAGGUACAGGCGCGGCUGCAGCAGGCAGCAGCCUCGCGACGCUGCCUGGCGACCCGCAGCGGCUGUCGCUGUCGCUUUCGGGUGCCUUCUCGUCGCAGGCGUCGGUGCCGCUGCACCUGUCACAGCUUGAGCGCGCGCGCCAGCACGCGCAGCACCGCCGCGACCGCAGCCACUUCUCCAUCCCGGACGUCACUGUCACGCCUGCCGAAGACGACGAUGGCGGCAGCGACGGGCCCAGCGGCACACGCUGGGAGCACAAGGUCCCCCCCGCCAACCGCCGCAGCGCCAUACCCCCACGCCGCAGCGCCGGAGGGAUCGCGGACCAGUUAGGCAAGAAGCGGAGCCUGCUCAAAAGCGCUGCCGCGGCGCUUAACGGCCCCAAGUCCUCGCUCGAGCAGGCGCGCGCGCGGUCCUCGCUGCCCGGUUCGUGUCUCGUCAACGGACACGGACACGGCUCAUCGAACUCGGUUGCAGCCAACGAUGGCGAUCGUCACGACGAUUAUGAUGAUUAUGAUGUUGAAGAUGAAGAUGAUUAUGAUGACACCGACACCGAAACUGUUGAGGACACAGAGGACUACACCGGAGGGAGGGACAGCAGCUCAAUGGACCGGGCCAUGUCUCCUGUCCCCGCUGCUUCUGCCACAGCAGCAGCAUCCGCACAGAGUGGCAAGAAGGGUAAAGGCUUCUUUGGCGGAGCUGGCAAGAGCGCACGCUCCAAGCAGCAGCGGCAAUCGGCGCCGCAGAGGCCGCUCAUCUCGUUCGAUCCAUCGGACCCAGCGGCCCAUGCUGCGCACAGGCCAUCCGUCGAUGCGCAGCAGAUUUUGCCCUCGCCGAACGGCAGCGCCUCUGCGCCACCGGAAGCGAUUGCAACUUCCGCCUCUUCUGCUUCUGUUUCUGGCAUGGUAACCAGCGACUCAUCGCCCAGCUCUCUCGGCCGCUCGGUCGCUUCGUUGAGCCUUUCGCGGGCCUCGAAGGUGCUCACGAGCCCGAGAAACUCGAUCGGCAGCAGUGGUAGUGGCGGCGGCGGCGCGUCCGUGGUUGGCAGUGGGUCCAAGAAAAACCGCAAGAGUGCCCUUGACAUCUUUGGACUCGGUAAGAAGGAUCAGAAGACGAGGAAGGAACAGGGAGGGCUUGGAUGUGGCAAGGAGCAGGUCAGCCACAAGAACUUGGUUGAAUCGAGUGGGGCCGGCAGCAGUAAUGUUGCAGGGGCAGUGACGCCGACGCAAGCUUCUCCGCGACCGACUGUGGGUGCCAUGGUACCAUCGAACUCUUCCUCGACCAUCGGCAGCGAUCGCGAAGCCGACGCUGCUCCGCCGCGAUCGAGGUCCGCGUCGAUCCACUCCGGGAGCAGCUCGAGCAGCACGGGCGUCGCAACGAUCUCCAUCAGUGGCAUGCCGCUGCCCCCCGCCGAGCUGCCCCGCAUCAACGUCGUGCCGCUCAGGCGCGCAUCUGACACGCUCGACAGCCCAUCGUCGCCUGUCGCGCAGAGCUUCACGAGCGUCUCCUCUUCUGCGUCUUCAUUGGCCUCGCCGCAGCUGCGCAAGGCGGUCAAAAAGGAGGCCAAGGCGAAGCUCAAAGCGGAGCAGGCGCUUGUCAAGGAGCUCGAGAAGAUCGACAAGAUGGUCAGGGCGCACGACGCAAAGGCCGCCAAAGCGGCUGAGAAGCAGCGACUCGAAGAGGAGAAGCGCUGCAGGAAGAGGGCCAAGAAGGCGGGCAAAAAGGGCAGCAGUCCGCUCGGUACGUCUGACGUCGAUGACGUCUCCUUAACUGCUUCUUCAGUCAGCAGCGUGUCGACAGUGCCCAAAGCCAUAUCGCCACCUCUGCCUGCCCCAGCUUCUUUAGAGGCAUCUGGCGUCGUCGACGGCAAGCCCGCCAAGAAGCCAGCUCGGUCUUUCUCGUUGUUCCGUGCUCGGAGACCGAAAGCAUCUGGUGUCAAUUCUGGCACGUCGGCUCUCACGAGGCGGCCCAGCGCCGUCAAGCGAGCGCAAGACAAUGCGAGCUCCUCUGGAUCCGCCACGCCACACGCUGCUGUUGCCCCCAACUUCGGUGCUACCCAAACGCCGGCCGCGGAAGAGGGAACUCCGCCGCCGCAGAUAGACUUCCGCCCGGCCACGCCUGGCUUGUCGUGGUCAGCUUGGGACCGUAUCCCAACGCCUUCCGCAGUGCCAGGUGAUAACGAUGACGACGAUGAGCCUGUCGCUCCACUUGGCCCGAUCGUUCCCGUCGAGAACGCUGUCAAGCCUGUGCAACGGCAGAGCAGCGUCAAACGCGCGCUCGCCAAGAUGGAUGCAGAGGAAGAGCGCUUGCGCAAACAGCGCAACUCCAUCAGGCGCGCUGGGUCCUUGCAGAACAAGCAGCGACCAGAGUCGGUGAAAGCUCGCGAAAGCCUGCCCAACGGGACGCCUGCCGCUCCGGAAGCGUCACAGAAAGAUGCCGAGGAUCCCGCGUGGGUCGAAGACAAGGCGGCCCAAGAAGGAGAGGGUAGUGAGACGGAGACUGCAGGAGGUCCAGAGCAGGAAAAGCUGGAUGCUGAAACGGCGCAUGAGAUGGCAAACUUAGCUGGGCCGGUCUUCGCGAUGACAGUCACUGCGCCAGACUCGCCUCCUCGACCUCGCGAGCCUCGACCUGGUGCUGUCAGCAGCCAAAAGCCACGCAACAAAGACCAGCCGAUCGUCGAGGAAACCCCUUCACCGCAUCAGAGCAGCUCUGGGGCGCCCACAGUGCUCUAUUCUUCCUCUGAUGCCAACAUUGGGAAACCUCUCACGGCUGCCAAGCAGCCGCAACAGCAGCCGGCAGCGAAGCCAUCCACUUCGAAAAUGCCGCCACGCAGGCGGAACCCCGACCAACAGAAGCUCGAUCAGUUCGUCUUCCCACGACAGCCCAACACUGCACCGGUGCGAAGCACCUAGUCAGCCUACCUUGCUAGUCGGCAUGUCCGGUGUACAUCCCUCUAUCUCCAGAGCAUCGUUCUACACGCUUCUUUUUGGCUUCUUCGGCAUCUCAUACUGUUCAUUACUCUGGUGCCAGAGGAAUUAUCUCAUGUGGCAACCUGUUCCCAGCCUUGAACUCGGCUUCCGGAAUGUAUUGUAUUGUCGCCUACACCACAUACCCUGGUAUAAUUCGAAUUGUUUAGGCUGGGGCUGUCGUGUGAGAUGCGAUUCGUAGUGAUGAACAGUUACAGCUGCAUGCCAUUUGCGCAAAAGAGGGGCACUUGGAUUGUGGAAUGUAGAUCAGUCGAAGUU